ACCCGAUCUGGCAACUGGAAAACAUUCGGAGAAUGAAGGAGGGGUGGUCGGCUGUGAGCACCGCCCCUGGCUGAGUGGGUGAACUUUGUCACAAAUCACACUGAGCUGCUUUAUUUCUCCUCCUCUGCUCCUCAGUGUCACACAUACAAACACACACACACACUGACUGACUGGAAAACACACUCAUGAGGUCUGCGUAGUGCGCUCUGCCUGCUGCAAAAUGUACAUCUGGUUCACCGCGUUGGCCGGACUGGCGAUCCUGGCCUUUGCCUAUCUGAAGUCCCUUUUUCCUUACUUUGUCGACGACUUCACCUACAUCCUGCGGAGCCUCAGACUCGGCGCCAGGCUCGUCAAAUACAAGAAAGUCAAACCUUUCUACGGGAUCGUGGACUGUUUCUUGGAUGCAGCGAAGAGGCAUCCCAACAAGAUCUUCCUGCACUUUGAGGGUCAGGAGUUUUCCUAUGGGGAGGUGGAUAAACAGAGCAACAAGGUGGCCAGAGCUCUGCAGGCAGAGGCUGGGCUGAAGGAGGGAGACACGGUCGCCCUGUUUCUCCCCAACGAGCCCAGUUAUGUGUGGACUUGGCUCGGUUUGGCCAAGCUGGGCUGUCCGGCUGCUUUGCUGAACUUUAACAUCAGGUCCAAGUCUCUGCUGCACUGUUUCUCCUGCUGUGGAGCCAAAGUUAUCCUCGUCUCUCCAGGUAAGAUUUAGCUGAGUCCUCCAGACGCAAGGCGCAGCAAAGGAGAGGGAGGGGGGGUCUUCUGCUCAUUUUUACUCCAUCGGUGUAUGGUCUACAGGAGCUCAAAGUUCAGAACACACUUAAAACUCCUCCUGAUCAGUUCUUAAAUCAGACCUUUGCUUCUGUUUUUGCAGUCAAGAGGCAUUUUUGUCUGUAUUCGUGACAUUAUAAUGUGCAUACAUAGACUGUUAAUGUGUAUCAUCCCAUAUUAUUCAGAAUGUGUAUUCUCUUUGCAGUGUUUGUACUGUUCAAAACUUAAGGAAACUGUUACAUAUGCUGAGUUUUAUCAGAGCAGUGGUGCUUUUUAUGUGGAAGGUCACAGACAUGAUAAACAUAUGAGGGUCAUUCAGGUAAACGCACCAUAAAACAUAUAUUGAUGACAAAAAUGGACAGCUACAUUUAAAAAAAUUGUCCUCACAUAUUUUUGUCCAUGUUUUUUUUCCCAUUAUUGUUGUUUUUGUGUCCAUAUAAGCAGAUUUAGAGCAACAGAAAAUAACAGUAAUAAAACUCCUGUCAUGCAUUCACAUUCUUGGCCUUUAAAGCUGAUUCUGAUUGAGAUCAUGAGGGGCUUCCAGGUUUUACAGGUAUGCUUAAAGUAAGGUAAAACAUACGUAGCCGCCCUUUAUUGCCUUUGUUAUCUUAUUUAAAACAUACUUUUAUGAUACUUCUAUCAAUCAAUAUGAUCAACAAAUUACUAAAAAAAAACACCAUAACACAGUCCGAUAAAUGAUAAAAAUGUCCUCUUGUAGUUAAUCAGUUUCCAAAAACAUCUGAUGUAUCAAACAAAAUAAAUAAAUAUAUUUGUAAAAUUUUAAGGACAUUUUGAUUGUUUUGGUUUUCAGUAGUAAGUGAAAUAAACAUUUCAGCUCCAAAAUAAUUUAGAAUUUUCUGCCCAUAAUUGGUGGUGUCAUGUCAGGCAUUAUCGGGUUAACUUAACUUGGACCGUUUUUAAUUUUAUGUUGCUUUAUUCCUUGUUUUACCAAGAAACCUUUCUAUUUUUAACUCUUUUUUAGCGUGGCAUCCGUUAAAAUCAAACUUAAACAUAAAUUCUUCAACACACAUGUUGGGUUUAAGUAAUGGUCGUGUAAAUGAUGUGAUUAGUUCUUCCACAUUCAAUCUGACAGCUGUAUUUACUCACAGAUAACAACUCAGUGGACCUGAAUUUACAUACAAAGCAUCACAUUCAAUCAGAGCCCUGAUGUGAUACUAUGACACCACACAUCUGCAGAUAUUUCAGUGACCAAACUCUGUCAUCCAACAUACCUCUGAUGACUCCUGAGUAUUUACCUCAUAUAACACUGACCAGCAGCAACAUUUGAAUUCAAUUCAAAGGUUACUGCACCAAUAAUGAAAUCCUCUGAAAUGACUCCCUAAUGACUGUGAAGUAUCUCUGAAAUACUUUUACUUUAUCUUAACUAACAGAUCAGACCAACAGAGCACAUCAACCUUUUCUACAGACUUUCACCCCAUUUGAAAGGCUGUUAAUGAUUAGUUUGUUUUAGCACAGGCGGACACAAUGUACAGGAUUAACACUCUAUUUGAGGAGUUUAUUGAGGGAUUCAGAGGGAGUUAACGUUUAUUUCUGUCUCAAAGCAUGAGAGGUCAACCAAAGAUAAUCAAACAGAGAAAGCUGAUAGUCUGAAUUAUCACCGAUGUCUUAUUGCCCAAAGUUAAAUCUUUCACCUCGGCUCAGUUUGUCUUAUAUUAUUCAUUACUCAGUUUGUCUUAUUGACACUUUACAAAGCGAGCUCACAACAGUAAUGACAGAGUUGUUUGUGAGUUUAACUAAACUGAGUAUUUGUAAAAAUUUAGAUCAAAAAGAUUUGUCAGGAGUUAUAUGAAGUCAGUAUAUCAACAGCAGCUGUUAUCAGGUAGAAAAGUAUGUGCUGAUCAGUGUAUUAUACAUGUUGACUGAGUUCACAUUAGGUAACAUGCACUCCCCCAUUUUGGAGUUAGGGCUCUCCCUUCCUAGAAAUGCUUAGAUUUGAGUAUACUUGUCUGCACCAUGUGCUUUUUCCCCUUGUAACAUGAUACACAUCCACAUGUGCAGCAUUGCGCAAUAACACACCCUGACAUGCCUCCAUGUGCAGAGCUGAAUGUUUCUGUGUGUUGACAGAGCUGCUGGACGCCGUGGAGGAGGUUUUACCAACGCUGAGAGAGCAGGGGAUCAGCGUGUUUCUCCUGUCAGGGUCCUGCAACAUCCAGGGCAUCAGUGCUUUGUCUGAAAAGAUCUCCCAGGCCUCAGAUCAGCCACUGUCCAGAGAUCUCAGAGCCAACAUCACCAUCAGGAGCACGGCGCUGUACAUCUACACGUCAGGAACAACAGGUACAUCAGGAAACUCCUGACACACCCAGAUAUGGAGGGUAAAUGCCUUCACUGCAGAAUGACAGUUGUGUAAAUGACUCAUUUUUAUUGGCGCUGAAAUUAACCCCUCCUUCUUCGUUUAAUACUCUUCAUAAAUACAGAAACUGUGUCAUAAAAGUUCUGAUUAAUGUGCAUCCUGGAGGAUUUUUAUAAUGAGAGGUGUCUCCAAUAUCUUCACCUUUUUACACCUACUGCAAUGAACACUCCUUUGAAGUUAUAUUCCAUUUCUUCCAAGCCUGUCUUGCUAAAUGCUGCUUGACACCACGCAGUGAGCCUUUGAAUGCUUUAUUCUGAUUGGUCCAUAUAGUGCAGCAACAGUUUGUUAUUUCUCAGUGGCAGACGGAAACACACAUUUCUAGGAACAGGUGCAGAGCAAGAGUUUUUUUUUUUUCAGCUCAAAUCUCUUGUGACUUUGUCAGUAAGGCAAGGAACUCCCAUAACAGUAGAGUUAAAACCCAUAACACCAAAACAAAGAGCCAGGAAAUGUUACAUGUAGUUGUUUGGUUCAUAGCCUGCCAUUAUCAGAAAAUCUGAUCCCAUCCAAAUACUCAUGAGAGCAGAUUUUAGGUUAUAUGUUUGGGAGAUUAUUUGAAGCCUAUGAAUGAACAUCGGUUGAUUACUUUCUUUGGUGGUUGGGUGUCUUUUUUCAUCAAUUACACGUCCAAGGUUGGUGCAGUAGGCCGAGUCAACUUUGUCCACAGGGUGAGGAGAUAAAAACAUGUCCAGACCAACGAUACCAUACGAUACGAUACGAUACGAUAUGAUAAUGGUACAAUGCAAUACAUAUAAUAUGAUACAAUAUGAUACAUUUCGAUUCGAUACGAUACAAUAAUGGUAUGAUAAUGGUUCGAUAAUGUUAAAAUACUGAUAAUAUGAGCCACACUGUUGAUGUUACAUUCAGUUGUUUGGUUCAUAGGCUGCCAUUAUCAGAAAAUCUGAUCCCAUCCAAAUACUCAUGAGAGCAGAUUUUAAGGUCAAGUCUAUGAAUGAACAUUGGUUGAUUACUUUUUUUGGUAGUAGGGUGUCUUUUUUUAAUCAAUUCAGACCUUGUAAAAUCUACACAUACAAAGUCGUUGACCCACUAAAGCGUCUGAGAUCUUUAUUUUUCCAUUUAACUGCAGGUUUACCUAAAGCAGCUGUUGUCACUCAUGAAAGGGUUUGGGCAGCCUCCUUCCUCCAGGCGGCAUGUGGAGUCACCUCAGAGGACAUCUUUUAUAUCAAUCUUCCUCUCUACCACAGCGCAGGCUUCCUCAUUGGGAUGGUUGGAGGCAUUGAAAGAGGUAAUAAUCCUCUCAAUCCCUUCAUGAGGAUAACAAGAAAAGUUUAAACACCUGGUUUGGGAAGCUAAAGAGAUGGAAGUAAGAUAAAUGCAGGACAUUUGUAUUUGCAGGUAUGACCAUUUUUCUGAGGAGAAAGUUCUCGGCCUCUCAGUUCUGGGAUGACUGCAGGAAGUAUAAUGUGACAGUGAUGCAGUACAUUGGAGAAACAAUGCGCUACCUCUGCAACACACCUAAGGUAAAAGUCCAGACCAGAAUCACCUUUCUGCUGAAUAAAUGAACUGUUGCUUUGCUGGGAUGACUGGAGCUUGUUUUUUUGUCUCUGAUUGUUUGCAGAAAGACAGUGACAAGAACCACAAAGUGAGGAUCGCUAUUGGAAAUGGAGUCCGCACAGACAUCUGGUCAGAGUUUCUGAAUCGAUUCGGGGACAUCAAAGUCAAAGAGUUGUACGCUGCAACAGAGGGAAACAUCGGUUUCAUCAAUUAUACGUCCAAGAUUGGUGCAGUAGGCCGAGUCAACUUUGUCCACAGGGUGAGGAGAAAAAAACAGGUCCAGAGCAGACACAAUACGAUAUGAUUUGAUAUAUGAAAUGAUAUGAUAUAAUACAAUACGAUAUGAUAAGAUACGAUGCGAUGAGAUAUGAUAGGAUAAGAUAUGAUAUGAUACGAUAUGAUAUGAUAGGAUACGCUACGAUACAAUACAAAAAGAUACGAUACCAUAGGAUAUGAUAUGAUACCAUACCAUACAAUGAGAUACAAUACGAUGCUAUGCGAUACGAUGUGAUAUGAUACAAUACGAUAUGCUACGAUACAAUACGAUACGAAAUGAUACGAUACGAUACGAUACGAUACAAUGCGAUAUGAUACGAUAUGCUACGAUACCAUACAAUAUGAUAAGAUAUAAUACCAUACGAUAUGAUAUUAUAUGAUAUUAUAUGAUACAAUAUGAUACGAUAUGAUACAAUAUGAUACGAUACGAUACAAUAAGAUACAAUAUGAUACGAUACAAUAUGAUAUGAAACGAUACAAUGCGAAGAGAUACGAUGGGAUACGAUAAGAUAAGAUACAAUAUGCUUCGAUAUGAUAUGAUACGAUAUCAUAUGAUAUGAUACGAUACCAUAAUGUUACGAUAAGAUAUGAUAUAAUGAUAUGAUUUGAUAUGGUUAUGUAAUCACUUUGUUGGUUGAAUAUUUUUUUGCCAUAUUUAAACAGGCUGUUCCACUUUCCAAGAGGAUGAACCUUAGAGACCUCUGAGAUUGAGAACUUUUUUGUAACAACCCUUUUUUCACUUCUAUUUUUUAACAAACAACUUUUUGUUCCAUUGGCCUGUACUAGCAUGUUAGCAUCAUCUUUAUGAGGCCCGCUGACAUAAGCCCGGCAGAGCUGCUAGCAUUCUUCAAACUUUUGACUUUUUAAACCUGUAACUCUAAUCUUUUUAGGUGUUGUUCAUUCACUAUCUCGUGACAAAAACGUUAAACUAACUGAGACUUUCUUCUUCUGUAGUUUUUCUUCCCUUACACUCUGAUCAAGUUUGACAUUGAGAAGGAGGAGCCUGUCAGGAACUCUGAGGGUCUCUGCAUCCUGGCGGCCAGAGGUGAGAUGAAACUUCAGGUGUUAACAAACAAACUCUGUUUUCUUGCCAAUUGUUUUAAAAAAAGACAAAGCUAGCUGUAAAACUGUGUCUCUUCUGUGUCACUAAACUUUGUAACUUUGCAGUUUUUGUUGUAAACAGUGUGUAAAGCAUAAUACCAUCCCUUUAAGCACUCUGAAGGCCUCACUCGUUUCAUAUUCCACAAGGUGAGACAGGACUUUUGGUGGGAAAGGUCACUCAGAGAUCUCCCUUUGUUGGCUACGCUGGCAACAAGCAGCAGACUGAGAAGAAGAGGCUCCAUGACGUGUUAAAAAAAGGCGACCUGUACUUCAACUCUGGAGAUUUACUUCGCUUUGAUCACAACAACUUUGUGUAUUUUCAGGAUCGUGUUGGUGAUACUUUCAGGCAAGUUGUGGCUCAUUUUCCAAACUCAUUUUUGACUUUAUCAAUGUCUUGGGUUAGUGAGGGUACCGAUGAGCCACAGGGGGUGACGAUUUGCAUGUUCACAGAUGGAAAGGAGAGAAUGUCGCCACAUCGGAGGUCGCGGAUAUUCUUACCAUGGCUCAUUGCGUCCUGGAGGCAAAUGUCUAUGGAGUUAAAGUUGAAGGUAAAAACUGACAUCAGAGUAAACUCUGCUCACACCUUAACCCUAUUUUGCAGAUAUUUAGAGAAUGUAAAUUACUGCCAGCUGUUAACAUUUUUGAUAUAUUUUGAAGGUCAUGAGGGGCGUAUCGGCAUGGCAGCCGUCACUUUGAAGGAAGGAGAAGAUUUUGACUGUUUGGAUGCCUACAAGCAGGUCACCACCUACCUCCCAGCUUACGCCAGACCUCGAUUUAUCAGGAUUCAGGUGAGAAAAAGCAAAAUUUUCACGCUCUACUCUCAGCUUUUGCAGCUGUCACGCUCACUCUGUUUCUUAACCUAAGGAAUACUUUUUCUUAUUACUCUUUUCUAUCAAAUACUUCUGCAAAGCACGGCUGGUUAUUUGAGCAACAUAUUUGUAAUGAGAAAAGCUCCUGUUUUAGUAUGCAGGUCAUUCUCACUGGCACUGGGAGCUUCUAAAUCUGUAUAAUAUAGAAUAUUUGAUCAAAUCUUUGGAUAAAAUCUACUUGAUGUUGUAAUAUUUGUGUAGAGUCAGCUAAAAUUCCCCUCUUCAUCAUUUAUGAUCAUCCGCUAGAAAUGUAUGGAGGCUUGAGUAUCACAGAGAACCUGCCUGUGUUUUCUUUUUAAACUGUUUCUCAUGAAAUCUGUUCAGCAGCAGCUUAAAGCUGUAACAGCCAAUAACGGGGUGGACUGUGAGAGCUGAGCUCUAUAAAAAUGUAGCAGCCAGGUGCCAGAUCGUAAACAUGUGUCUAAGACCCAAGUUUCAAGGGUCCUUGAGUUUGAGAUGAGAGGCCAACUUUACAAACUGGAAAGGACAAAUCCUCCUCACUCUGCCUUUAAAAAGACAAAGUUUUUCUGGUUAUUUUCAUCGAAGCUUUACAAACAUGAGGCAGAAUCUAAAAUCUCCAUGGAUUCAUGGAUCAUGGAUUUUGCAUCACAGGCUAAAGUUUGUGUUGAUCCCUCCACCCCUGUAAAAAAGUGGUACCUCCCAUCUUUUGGUUUAUUUUGUCUCGUUCAGGUGUGGAUCCUUUCAGUCACCAAACAUAAAUAUUUGCUCCAGCAGGUCGCUGUUUAUCACUUUAUCUGACACUGACCUUGAGGGCUAUUUCAGGGAUUGAAAAUAACCCUGUAAAAAUAAUCUGUCCUUUUUUCUGAUGGUCUAGUUAGCCUUUGUAGGUCAUAGUGGGACAUUAAAAUUAGUUUCACUCUGUGUCCUAACCACUCAAAAACUCCUCACUGCAGCUUUAAUGUACUGCACAUGAUGUUUUGGACCCAUUUGCCCGUUUGAAUGUGGUUUGUCAUGACCUCCUUCCUCAUAUUUGGCACAAAUGUCCACUCUGACUCAUGGACAAACUGAUAAGACUUUUUGGGCCAAAGGUAAAACUCACUGAAAACUCUAUGUCCCUAUCAGCUGUCUGUGAGAGAGGAUGCUUUGUUUCUCACUCUAAUAUUUGAUUCAAAGGAGUUAAAACUUCUGAUAUGCCCAAAAAACACUUCAUUAAAUCUCCUUUGAGUUUUUACCAUAUAAAAGUUUUAACCAUUUUAUGUUUAGGAUUAAAUCUAGAUAGACAUGGAUGUAAACUGCACAAACACAAAGCAGUAAUUAUUGUUUUCCCUCUUUUUUUUCUGAUGAAAACGACAGAUUUGAAGGUCUUCUCUCUGUAUAUUUGCUGAAAGAGGCCACUGUUUUAUCGCUUCAUAACUUUUCAAACCAGAUUUCUCUUUUCUGGAUUAGCUCCGGUCAUUUUAUGCAAGUUAACAAAAGGUCAUGAUAAGUUAUUAAAAUUGGGUCGGCUGGAAUAAAGAGUCCAAAGAAAUGUAGCCCGAAAAAUCGAAGGUUAUCGAUAUGGAAACAAAUAUGUUUGUGUGACGUCUGGCUCAUACCUGAUCAGUGUUGGUUAUGUUUUCUUGUAUUGGUGAUCUCUGUGUUUUGCAGCCGUGCCUGGAGAUGACGGGGACAUUUAAGAUGAAGAAAGUGAAGCUGGUGGAGGAAGGAUUCAAUCCAGCUCACAUCGAGGAUCAACUAUACUUUUUAGACCCUGAGAAAAAGACAUAUGUUCCCAUGACGGAGGAGAUCUACAGAGCCAUCUCUUCAAGAGAAAUCAAACUCUAACGCAGAAGUUAAAGCAGCUCUGUUUAACCAGAGGACUCGCCUGUGUAAGAAGUAGCAGCGCAGUUAAGGAACUCUGUCAUUUCCAAUGAGUGUGAGCUAACCAGCAGCAUCGACCACAACAGAACACAGAGUGUCCUCAUUUCACGCCCUCUCCCUCUGCAACCUUACACCCAGCUAGAAAAGAAAGACAAAAACAGAAAAUAAACUCACUCACUGGUUUUAGAUCAGUUUACAGGUUAACUACAGACUAAAAUCAGAAACCAGAACAGAGCAGUACCGGUCUCCAUGAAGGCUCAGGGCCAGAAGUCUGAAGAUAUUUCCUAAAACAGAAAGAUAAGAAAACAUGAGUCCAUAUUUGUUUUUCUUCUCUUUUUUAAACUUUUAAUUCCUUUUCAAAGUAUUGGUCUGAUAUUCGUUUCAAGAACAGUGUAAGAGAGCUUACAUGUGUAAUUUUUGGGAGGACAAACGCUUGCCCUGUGAAAUGACUAAUUUUUAGUUUUUAAUAUUUGUUAAUCUGAUUAAUUAUAGUUUAUUUAGUAGAUUUAAUGUUUAAAAUCAGAAUCUAUUUCUAAAACUUAUUCAGUGGACCAAUGGUGAAGUGGACCAUUUAUAAAACUAACCCAUUUUUAUGAGAUGGAUGUAGUUUAUCCUCACCACAGUUAAAAGAACAGAAAUGUGUCAUGAGUAAAAAGGAAAAUAGAGAUUUUUUAUUCCUCUUGUAUCCAGAAUUUUUUUCAAAUUGGUUAAUUUUACUGUAUUAAUGUAGCAUUGAGUUUUCUUCAGGUUAUAGACAGCGCUGUGUCAUCUGCAUAGAGGGAUAUUUGAUUACCAUUUUCAAAAAGAAACAAUAGACGCUGCAGUCUUGACUUGUUUUAUCGCUAAAACUACAUGUUCACUGGAUAAAAGCACCACCCAGUUCUCUUUUAUGUCAUGGGUUACUUGAAUGUGUUUGAAGUAAAUGCUUAAAAAACCUUUAACCUGGUAAAAUUAGGGGAUUUAGUUGGCAGAGUUGACUGUCUGUGUUGAACUGUAGGCCUAGCUAGCCUGCUGCUCCCCAACGUCUCAUUAAGGGAGCAGAACUGACCGCCGUCCACUGUGGCUAUUACACUCACUUACUGAGGACAUGUAGCUUAUACUAGCCCAGUUCAAAAACACUGAAAUAUCCCUUUAAACAGAAUCUGAACUCAAGAUAAAUGAUUGAGGACCUUUUAAUCAUUCCAGUAAUCUCAGGGACAGAAAUACUGUGAAACAUAAUAUCAUGUUGCUUUUUGUUGUAACUGAUCGACAGUCUGUGUAAAUGUUUAACACGGUUCAGACUGUGUGUUGUACAGAUUCGCUUCACUGUCACUACUUAGGUUGUAAAGAAAAUAAACUGUUUUCUUUUGAAGUUGU